AUGGAUGGUGGUUGUGGCUGCGAUGGUGGGUGUAGAGAGAAGCGAGUCAGAGAUGAAUGGGAUGAGUCAGAGCUGAACUCAGCCGAGGUGAAGAGACUCAGGGAUGACCUCCUAAAUCUCGACGACUCGGAUCUCGGAACUAGUUGUCCUGACCUCAACUCAUUCAUGAAGAACUUCGAAGAAGAGAUCUCUGUGUCGCCAGCUCCACCGGCGAACGUUGUAGAUCUGACGUCAGACGCCGGAGAUUCCCAACCAGAGCUUGGCUACCUCUUGGAAGCCUUCGAUGACGAGCUCGGCCUCCCUCCGUCGACUGCGUCGUCAAGCGAGGCGGAGAACAACGAAGAGACCGAGUUGGUCCGAGUUUCGUCGGACUCGACCGGACUCUGUGAGUUAUGGGAGUUUGAUAAUGAGAUCUCAAGUUACGACUCAUUCGGGUUGGGAAUCGUUGGUGGUGAUAGUUAUAUUAAUAACGGCGAGUACGUUGCGUUAGACGGGUUGUUCGUUCAUUCGGAUCAAUUAUUCUGGUCAUCAGAAUAUUCGGAUGGCUCGUGGUGGUCGGAAACGUUGCCGGCGCAGUAG